AUGCGCAUCAACUCAUGGCAGACUCUCCCCACCGAGAUAUGGUCCAUAAUCUUCUGUUUCGCCUUGCCGGACGACUGGGAAAGCUCCGCUGCACUAGGGAGGCGACGUCUCAAAUAUGCCGAAGUCUGUCGUGCCUGGCGCUCGAUCGCCUUCGCCACUACGCGCCUGUGGACCUCGAUUGUCAUCGAUUUUACUACGCUCCGGCACGACCUCGCGAUGGCCGACUUGGUUAAAAGAACGGGACAAGCGCCUCUUCACAUCAAGAUCCUAGGGCCCGGCGGCUCGAUGCGCGAUGCCAAAUCGUGGUCCUUCUGGAAGCAGAUCUGUGCGCUGUCGCACCGAUGGGCCAGCUUGCGCAUAUGGGUCGAUAAUUUGGAAACAGCAUGCAGGGAAUUAGGCGGCGAAUUCCCGCUCUUACGCUCUCUGUCGAUGUGGCAGGGUCGAGGAGACACCUCUUUCGGCAAUCCCCUGCGCUUCUUCGGCAGCGCGCCGAACGUAUCGCGACUGAAGAUUCGCUGGGCUAGGGCCUCUGAUCGUCAGACGCUGCCUGCCGUAUUAUUACCGUCUGCUUGGUCCCUCACCCAUCUGGAUCUAAAUCUCUGCAAUUGCACCUUCGUCGACCCUCAGCUCUCGCCGCUGACGGUCGCAGUGACUGCUGUCACGGUUUGCGGAGACACCUUGCGCUCGGCCAGGCUCGCAUGGGAGACAGACGAUUCUUCACCGCUCACACUGCUCACAGAGCCUGUGGUGACCCUCCCGUCCCUUGAGGACCUCGAUCUGCAGAGGGAAGCCACAGGCAUGCUUCUCAUUAUGGCUGCGCCCAACUUACAAAAGCUUCUGCUCGGUGGCAAGCCUGCACCAAAGGUUAGCCUGACCCCAUUCACAUACUACGGCGGCCUGCAGCCCCCGGAAGAUCUCGCACUAUCAAGACUCCGCACAUUCCUGGAUAGGUCGGACGACUGUCCGCGACUGCGCGACCUCCACUUGUGUCGUGUCCAAUUAGACGGCGCUCUCGAUUGCUUGCGUCGCCUGAACUCGCUCGUCUGCCUGGAGAUCGUGUCCUAUGUAGCCAACGACGCUGGCCUGUCUGUCGUGCGCGGGCUCAUCCGUGAUCCCACCGUUCCCACUUCAAUGGCGCUCCUUCCCUGUCUGAAAGUCCUGACGAUCUGCCACGAGGAAUGGGUGAAGCAGCGCAUUGUGAGGCGCCCGUUCUGCGCUGCGGUGAGGUCAAGGCGGAUCCCUGUGACGUUAGGGAGCAGCACGCUUGCGAUUAUCGAGACUUGCCACUCGCAUUGCUCGCAUACUUUACUCCAUGGGUCCUUCCACAUGUCGGACGGUGACCAAGGGGAGUACGAUAUGACGGUGGAUAGGAUCGAUGCAGGAUUUGACUUACGACUACCGUGA